AAGUGUUUCUUGCCAUAAUCAGUGCGCCAUUAUUAUACAAAGGCACUUGCAGAGCUCUUUCUUCCCUUUCCUUUCCCUGCUCAGAACUUGAACUGAGAACACUGCCAUGGAAGCUCCUGACAUUUCGCUGCAAUGGUUGAGGCCACUUAUAGAGUCCAAGACUUGGGAUUAUUGCGUUCUCUGGAAAUUGGGCAAUGACCCAUCAAGGUCCAUUGAAUGGGCUGGGUGUUGUUGCUCUGGUGCAUAUGGGAUUCUGGGCAAACUGAACAAAGAAAAGAGAGGGGAGCAGGAUUUGACCGGGUUGUGUCGGGAUGUUCAUAUUCAGCACAAUGUGGGAACUAUGGCUUGUGAAGCUCUUGCUUCUUUUCCUUAUUCGAUUCCUUUGUGCUCUGGGAGUAGAGGAGAAGUAGUUGUGAUGAAUGAGUCCAAAUGGUUAAUUUAUGGAGAUGCAUCUGGUUCAAAGGCCUUGGAUGGGUUCGAUAGUGGCACUCAGGCUCUGAUCCCUGUGGUUGGUGGUCUAGUUGAGCUCUACAAUUCAAAGAUGAUUCAAAAAGAUCAGAAGACAAUAAACUUUGUUCAGAAUAGGUUCAAACAGCCGAAAGAUCUUAGUGCAACUCCCAAGGAGAGCCAAAGUAGCUGUUUGGCUCCUAUUCACUUUUUUGGUUCACAGUAUCUGUCUCAAACAUCUGAACCCUACAGUAACCCAAGCAUCCAUGGAUCAUCUACCAGCUCCACUCCUGUUAGUACCGAACGUACGCAAUGUGAUUUUCCGUUUGACCAAUCAGUUGACCUGUUCGAGAAGAAGCUGAAACUGCACUGUAAUCAGUUCACAACCUCAAUGAAAAGCAAUGAUUCUUCCCUGACUUGCAUAAAGAAUGACAUUUCUAUAAACGGGAUCACGGCUGGCCAGAAAAGGCAAAGAGGGCAAUGUGGUGCGAAGAAUCUUGCGACAGAGAGAAAAAGAAGAAACAAAAUAAAAGACGGUCUCUAUUCUCUAAGGGCUAUAGUUCCCAAAAUCACUAAGAUGGACAUUACUUCAAUACUUGGAGAUGCUAUUGAUUACAUAGAGGAACUUCAACAGAGCUGGAAGAAACUCGAGAAUGAGCUGAAUGAAAUUGAAGCUGAAGAUAAUAUCAACGGAGUUCAUGCAGCUUCGGUUACAAGGCACCUAUGAAGGUGCACGUGGAAGUAAACCAGAUCGGUUCAAGUGUUUUCUUGCUUAGAUUCAUUGGAACCCAUUGCAGGGGGGAAUUCUCAAGAAUGAUUGAAACUAUGGAUUCACUGGGACUUCAAGUACUCGAAGCUAACGUUACCACACUCAAAGGAGUGGUGUUAAGCGUUUUCAGAGCCAAGGCUAAAACAGAUGAGGCCUAUGAUUCACUCAAGCUAAAAUAUGUGUUGGUUCAGGCGCUCAGCUAACGAACUGAAAAGUCUCGCUGUACAGUAACUGAUCUGU